AUGGAAAGCUCAACUACCACCGUCACACCUAAUGUCCUGACAGGUCUGGGGUUCUCACCACUUAGUCGAGGCAUCUCCUUGUACAAGCCAGCUGAUGAGCUGAGAACGAGUGGUGAUGAGAAAAGUCCAACACUAAUCGUUAUCUGCUCGUGGGCAUUCGCGCAACCCAAGCACAUCGCCAAAUAUGUUCAACCAUAUCAAGAACUAUACCCGUCCGCAACCAUUUUGCUCAUACAGAACAUCAUCGCCAACACGAUAUGGGUGCCUGACAGCUGGCAGAUGAGCUUCUUCCAACCAGCAGCAAGAGCUAUUCAAGCACAUCUUUCAGCAUCACCUAAGCCACGAGUGCUCCUGCACGCUUUCUCCAACGGUGGAGCUCACGCCGCGGUACAGCUCGCACAAGCAUGUCUCGAGACUUGUGGGGGUAUGAGGUUGCCCGUUGAUGCAUUGGUGCUCGACAGCUGUCCAGGUCAGCCUAGAGCAGUGAUCAGCGUCAACGCUCUGGUCCAGGGUGUGCCAAGCAAUAACCUCUUCAUCAAAAACGCAGCUCGGGCCCUGGCAUACGCAGCUGUAGGCGCAACAGCCAUCGUGGACAUUUUGAAUCUGUCCGAGCAUGCACUCUGGAAGUUAUACAGGAAACUCAACGAUGCAAACGAUGUCUUUCUCUGCAGAAGCACAAACGGCGAGGAAGCAGCUCAUAUCAGACCUAUUCCACGCACAUACAUCUACUCAGAAUCCGACUUGAUGAUUCUAGCGGUGGACGUCGUCGGCCAUGCUCGCGUUGCGAAGGAGAAAUUACUAGCGAUGGAUAUUGAGAAGAACCUGAUCGAGGAAUUGGUAAAGAUGGAGGAAUUUGUAGGCACUGAGCAUGUCAAUCAUGUAAAGAGUGAAAGGGAGAGGUACUGGGGUAUUGUGCAGACGACUUGGGCGAAAGCUGUACAGUCAAGCUUACCGUGA